ACUGGAAUUUGUACUAGUAACAUUCCUCAAUUUCUUGAAGAUCUCUCGUAUCGAUGUCGGACGUGAAGGUGUUGCACAGAGUCAUACGUCGCCUUGCUGGCUGGGCAGUAUGGUCUUUCUUUACGGAGGUGCAUGUAAUAGGUGGAGAAAACGUUCCUGUGGAGGGUCCUAUCAUAGUUACAGCGACGCAUCAUAACAUGAUGCUGGAUCCUGCUAUUCUUUCAUCGGCGUUUCCACAUAGGCGCAUUCUCCACUACUGGAGCAAAGCUACCCUAUUUGCAAACCCGGUCUUGAAGUACAUUCUUUACAGCUCAGGCAAUAUUCCCGUUGAUAGGAAGAGCAAAGACCGACAAAUAUUGUUCAAGGGGACUUUUGAUGCUCUUGGAAAAGGUUACGCUGUCGCACUGUUCCCAGAAGGCACAAGCUAUACAGAGCCUCGCAUUAUGCAAGUGAAGGACGGUGCUGCCUGGGCCGCACUAGAAUAUACAAAGUGGAUUCAAGAGAAUGGUAUUUCAGGAUCGCCGCAAGCCCCUAUUGUUAUUGUCCCGGCUUCAAUCGUCUACACUAACAAAUCCAAGUAUAGAAGCGAUGUCAUCAUGGAAUUUGGUCAGCCCAUCACGAUGGAUCUUUACAAAGAACAAUUCCUCUCUGAUAUAGAGGGUGCUCCUCGCGCGGCGGUGAAACGCCUCACUAGCGCCAUUGAAUCAGAAUUGGUGGAAGCCACAAUAAACGCUCCUGACUGGGACACGUUAUACGCCGCUCGAAUGGCUAGAGAUCUCCUCUGGCAAGACGAUAGGUCUAUCAAUUUGGAUGACUUUGUCCCAAUCUCGCAAACUUUGGUAGAUUUAUUUGCGACGACAGAUGUUACACCAAAUUUCAUUUCAGUGAGGAACCGACUCUUGGAAUAUUAUUCCCUCCUUCAAUCUAUGAACUUGACAAAUUCGGUGCUGUCUUCACUACCUCUUCCGAGGACGCUUGAUCCGCACAAUCCUACUCCCAUUCCAAGCCGACUUCUCACGCUCUCCAUUCUAGUCCGCGAUACGCUCGCUAUCGUGAUCCGCCUACCCUUUUUUCUGUUUCCUUUCAUAGUGCACACUCCUGUUUACAUUAUGGGGCGGCUUGGUGCUCGACUAGUCGAAGAUGAGGAAGAAACUCAAGCACAAAAUAAGGUCGUGUUUGGGCUCCUAUUUCUCUUAAUGAUCUACCCAGCUGCAUUCUGGUUGUUAUGGGCUCUCUUUUGGUAUACGAGCACCGGCGCUCUGAUUUCUGCGGCAACUGUCUGGUUGUUUGCAUUCUACCACAACAAGCUUAUCAACGAUAAUUACCAACACUUGAAACGUGUGGCCGCUGCGUGGCAAGUUCUGGUUGGAGUCUGGGCACCGAAGCGAUGGGAAAUGCCUGUGAAUGCCCUAUCACAAUACACAACCCCACAGAUACCUCCUGAAAAUCCUUGGAUCGAUAAAAAGAAGAGCAUCACCGCGCCCUCCCCGGAUCAAGAGCCUCCGGCUAAGGUUCGCCCCAGGCGCCGCCCCUCGUCGAGGAGAAUUAUGAAGCAUGUACUCAGGGCUCGUGGAGAAGCCGUCAAAGCACUAUUGAGCUUUUUGAGUCAGCUGGAAUCCACUCCCGAUACCAAGCGUGUUAAAGCAUCCCUCCACUUAGCCAAGAUAUAUGGGUGGACAGAUGCCACUGAUGGCUCAGAGACACCAGAGGGGUGGAGGAGUGCGAAAGAGGUGACUGCUUUCUUGCGACGCAAAGGGGCUAAGAUUGCCUCAUUGCAAGAGCAUAUCGAGGGCGAUUGGGCUGCUUUGAGCAGCGAAGGGGAAGAAGAAGGGACCCCUAACGAGGAUAGUGAUGUGGGGGACAAAGACGACGACAUCGUCUGGAUCCCUUCCGGCCAACACGAGUGAUGACCCUUUCCGUGACUGGGGUUUAAUGGAACCUUGCCUAUUGGAUGGAAUUUCAUACAGUAUUUGAUACGCGAUUUCUUGAUGCCUACGCUAACUUUGGAUAUAUUGCACGUUAAUCACAUGUGGACAGUUCCUAUGAAUGCUGUAUCGAUGAUACUUUGUGUCGCGUUUCCAGCACGUCAACGUUGCUGCAACCUCAUUAAGACUAAGCUGAAAACGCUCGAUAUGUGCGUUAGAAGGGAAACGUUAACGCUGUAUCAAAGCCGUUUUGGGUGUAUCGGUGAUAAGCAGAAUUGACGCAUAGCACAAGGAACAAAGGCCUCAAGAGAGAUAAAGCGGACAACAAAGGGGGUGUAACAGACAGCACGUUAGAUACGACCGCAUCGCUGGAUAUUAAGGGCAGAUACAAUAUGCUUUGUCCAAACUUAGCACUAUCGAUAGAUCCGGAAGUCUGGUUACCCACAUUCAUGAUGGCUCGUAAAAACAGAGCACCGCAGCAGAAUAAGACCAAACCAGAACGAUGAAUCUUCAACUUUUUGAAAUCCACUCAUUGUGGAUGCGAAUAUGAGAUAGACAUG